AUGGAGGUUUUUGCAUGGACGUCGACACGGAUUUUACUGGUAGAGUUUCAUUGCUCUUCCUUGUUGAUUUCGUUGGCGACGAUUAACGUGACAUUCGGAAGGGACUCACGGUGGAGGUUUUUGCAUGGACGUCGACACGGAUUUUACUGGAGCACAUGGCAGAACAGAGAUAACCUCGACUACUGCCUUAGGACAUUGAAGCCAAACGUGGUCCUCCCCAAUUAA